AUGGACGACAACAGGGGCCAUAGGAGGCAGGAUGAACCGCCGGUCUACCCUGCUUCCAGUUCACGACAGCACCAACCGCUGCAUGGCCCGUCUCAGCAUCGCGCGCACUCCUUUGCGGGCGCUCAGGGAGGAAGGUUUAGGCCUGCGCCUAUCGCCACAUCAGCGCCUGGGACGACGCGGGGAAUUGGAGGGUCGACCGGCUACAGUACCUACUACUCGGAGCACCCGGCCGCGAGCUUCUCGACAACGGCAUUGCCGCAGGGUGCGAUGGGAUAUCACUCUACAGCAGACUAUGGGCAAGCGGACUCGCGACAGCAGCAAAGCUUUGGCGGGACGUAUCCUCCGACAAUGAUGUAUAACGUGCAGCAAACGGGAGGGCCACAGGCCACUUCCGUGUACGAUGCGAGCCCCCAGUACCCGUCCCGGCAGGCUGCAGCAUUGCCGAUGAUGGCGACGGAUGUCACGGGCCCUUACUUCCCGAGCGAGCCAACCAAUGCGGCCGGGCCAUCCGCGUUGCAGGCGCAAGCAGCGUCUUCCAGCACGGCGCAGGUAUAUCAGCAGCCCGGCUUGCAUGGAUACUCUACAGGCAGCAUGGCCACUAUGGGAGGCAUGGCGACCUCACAGACCACACCCACACCCGACGUGAGGAUGGAUGAAGAGUAUCCUACCACGGCGGGUCUCGACGAAGCGUAUACCUCAUACCAGACGGCUCUGAAGGAGAUAUUCCAAAACAUACGAAAUGGAGUGCUGGCGGACGCCAGCGAGUCGCUCCUGGGCGUCUCGGAUUGGCUCCUGAACCAUGUUGUAGAGCUCGGCCUUACCUCUGACGAUCAGAACCUGCAUGAGGAGAGGAUCAAGCUGUGGAACGACUUCAACCAUGCCUGGCUGGCCAUAUUUCAACGCCAAAAGGAGAUGAUGGAGUCAGGGCAGCAGUUGCAACGUACGCAGACCCUUAUCCCGCACGAAGGUCUCAAGAAGAUGGGUAAGAGCCUGGUGAGGUACUGCGAUAAUAUCGAACGGCACGGGCUCGUCGAUUACCAGUACGGGGUGUGGGAAGAACAGAUCGUCGACAUCCUCGGAGAGUGCCUUACUCUCUACGAGUCUGCCAUUCAACCAACCGGAGAUGGUGGCGAAGGGAUUCCUGACGAGCAGCGUCGCUGA